AUGGCUGGUUCACUUCUUACGAAUACUCAGCCACAAAAUGUUCCGGCCACUCAACAAGAGCAAAAUGGCCCCGGCCGAAACACGACCGUCGGCCACGAUCAAGUGGUAGUCGAAGACAUUACGGAAGUCGCCGGGGGACCAGUAUUGAGGCUGAAUCCAGCCACUACAUUGGAACUCCAACAACUCAUGCGUGUCAUGGAGACAAUGGCCCAAACGAUGGCCACUCCAAAUGCUCAGAUCAACGAGAGAUUUGAUCGAUGGAGGAUUGGUAGGCCAGUCUACCGAAGGCCAUAUCCGGAGCAUUUUGAUCAAGAGGAAUUUCCGAGGGGCUUCAAGGUUCCGGAUUUCGCACUAUUUUCGGGAGAUGGGCUCCAGUCGAUCGUUGAGCACAUUGGCCGAUUCACGGCCCAAUGCGCGGAGAUUGGGCAUCGCGAGGCCUUGAAACUAAGGCUAUUUCCGAGUACCCUUACGGGGGCAGCUUUUUCAUGGUAUGUUAAGCUUCCACAAAAUUCAGUCUUGAAUUGGCAAGUUAUGGAGCAAGUCUUCCACGAGCAAUUCUAUCGACCGGAGCCAGAAGUCUCAAUGGCCGACUUGGCAAAGAUAAGCUAG